AAGGACGUCCUGUAUCAUAAAGAAAUUUAUUUCUUAUUAUUCUGAUUUCAUUGGUCUCAGACGAAUUCCGGGAACGGCAUCAACUUUGCAGGUUUCCCGUUCCUCUGAAGUUUUUGCCGCCGGAGUUCUUCUUUUCGCACGUUGGAACAAGCUUGGCUUGGCUGACUGUGUAUAUAUAUAAUAAGACUUCACGUGGGCUGUCAAUACGCACGUUUAUUGGCAGCCCAAAGGUAGACUUCAACCAAGACCCGCUACAGAUAUUGUUCAUCCCCUGUUCCAAGAUUAUGGGUUCGUUAUCGGGCAUUUUUCAAAGACCGGUUGUUGCAGCCUCUGCUGUUGCAUUAGCUUCUGUUUCCGCUGAUCUUCGUGACAAAAUCUGGCCGUCUAAACCGUUGGAUACAUCUCUUUCAUCUGAACAAGCAAGUGGUUGUACAUUAGAUUUGGUUAAUGAAACAAAAUGGGCUCGGGUCUCUGAUAUUAGCGUCUGCAAGUCUUUCGCAACGAGAAGCUCGUUACCUGUUCCGAAAUUUAGGUUUCCAAUGUUUCAUGUAGAAAACAGUUGUCAUUCGAACAAUAUGGCUUUUAAAGUUCCGUGUUUUGAGCAUCUUCACGACGUAUAUUGGUCAGCUGAGUUGGCAAAAUCUCCCAGACCAUUUGAUUAUUAUUCCAGUGAAUGUAACGCUACGUCUACAGAUGUUGUUUACAGAUGGCAUUUACCAUGCCCUAACGCCAUUGAUUUGUCGAAAAACUCUAAAAUGGUAGUGGUUUUGCUUGGGUGGUUAGGUGCUAAACAGAAGCAUCUUAAGAAAUACGCUGAUUGGUAUACGUCAAAAGGGUUUCAUGUGAUUACUUUUACGUUUCCGAUGUCUGAGGUUUUAAGUUAUCAAGUUGGAGGGAAAGCCGAACAGCACGUAGAACUGCUUGUUAACCAUCUUGCUGAUUGGUUGGAUGAAGAGGAUGGAAAAAACUUGGUUUUCCACACAUUUAGCAACACUGGAUGGCUAAUAUACGGAGCGAUGUUGGAGAAGUUUCAAAGUCAAGAUCAUACUCUAAUGGAGAGGAUCAAGGGAUGUAUUGUGGAUUCUGCACCGGUUGCAGCCCCGGACCCACAGGUUUGGGCUUCUGGAUUCUCGGCUGCUCUUCUAAAGAAAAACAGUAUUGCGGCAAAAGGAUACAGAAAUACCGAGGACAUUGCUGCUAAACCGACAAUGAGUGAAGCCGCUUUGCUAGUGAUUUUGGAGAAGUUCUUUGACGUGAUUUUAAAUCUUCCAGCCGUUCACCAGAGGCUAUCUAACGUACUAGUGCAACUAAAAUCAGGACAACCAAGCUGCCCACAGUUGUACAUUUACAGCAGUGCGGAUAAAGUCAUACCUGCAGGAUCAGUUGAGUCUUUCAUCGAGGCACAACAGAGAAUGGGGCGUGUGGUUAGAUCAUGCAACUUUAAGUCAACCCCGCAUGUUGACCAUUUUAGGCAUGAACCUGAGCUAUACACGACUCAGCUCUCACAGUUUUUCAAGGACUGCGUGCUUGAUUCUCGUAGACAUAAUUAAAACGGUGAUGACGUUUUGACAACAACCUUGAUUCUUUAAAUUUUUUUUACUGCUAAUCUGAUUUUUGUUUCGGGGAGGGGGUGAAUAUACACAAGAAGAAUAAGUGUCAUGUUUUUGACUCUUGAUCUGAAAUCAAAUUGUUUCUGUAAUUUGGUUUGUUACUCAAAGCAUAUGAAAUUGUGAGUCCAAUCUUUUGUUUCGUUGGACAUUGAAGGUUAACAUGAUAAGCUGUUUUCGGUUAACUUGUCAUGUAUCUUGUACCUUAAAUUCAACGAAAAUGAUGUAACAGAUGCAAUUAUCAGUAAAUAACAUAUGCCAUUGAUAAAUC